GGACCAAGGUCUGACGCUGCAGAGACAAGACGAGACGAAAACUCACCUGAACCAAUGGUGCUGGACAACGACGCUGCUCAGACUCCGUCAACGAAACGUGAAAAUCCAGACAACAAAGCCUCAGCAGCGUCCAAUUCAGCAAAGGAUCAAAACCCUGCGAAGGAGGAGAGUCCUUCUGCAGGAGUCUCCAGCCAAGAAACACACUCACAACCUCCAACAAGACCGACAUCGUACGCCGGAGCCGGGGAGAGGGAGAAACCAUCCAAUUCGGCUGCUGACAAAACCACAGAUAAAACCUCCAGAAGGUCCCAGAGCUCACGUGAUUCCAGCCCAGUGAGAGCGCCACCUGCAGUCUCCAUGUUCACCUUUCAUGUCUAUGCUGUGCUGAACAAAAGGUUUAGAUUCAACCAAGAGCUAGACAAGCUGGUUCUGUUUCACUCUUCAGGAUAUUUACCUCUCACAGUGACGCACUUUGUUGGAGUAGGACAGGAAUGCUUUCUGGUCGAAGCGAUUGUUUCGGUUGAGGAGAGCGGUCUGCAGAGAGGAAUCUUCCUGGACUAUGCAUAUGGUGUCCUGCAAAGACAAAAAGAGAUAAAGGAAGACCCCAUAAGAGAAGUUUUUAUUCCUCGAGACUCCAACAUUAAAGAGCUGCACCUUUACGAAGGCCUAAUUAGUCUUCGUGAGGGGCAAGGCUUUUGGAAAUCUGGCCUUAACAUGGUCGGCUUGAGGAGAUCGAAAAGUGAGGAGGUUUCAGACGCCUGGCUGGCCUCCGCCAAGCUGCUGCUGAGCAGAAUCUUCCAGAACUGGUCUCCAUCAGACAGACUGAGCACCAACAGCCUGUGUGACCACUUGAAGCAUUUUACGACGAGUCUCGGUUCUGCCAAUUUUAGAGUGAAAUUCAGCGACAGUUCACAACCCACCAUGAUCCAGACCUCAGAGAUGAUUUCAGAGAUGUUGGUUCAGAUCUUGAAAGGAGAGGAGUUGCCAGGAAGCUGCGGCGGCACCAGUCCUCUGGUUCUGGGCCUGUCGGUUUUCACUGUGACCAGAAGCUGUCGUAUCGAUCUCGGAGUGAAAUGUUGGGAGGAGCUGUGUGUCCUGGUGUCUUCAGAACCGGCGAUGGCGAAGACAAACCUGGACGGGCUGCUCGCAUCUUUCCCAAACCUACUGCAUACCGUGUUGGGUCUGAUAAACCACUGCUCUCAGCUCCUGAUGUCGGAGCUCGUCCUGCUCAUUCCUCUGCUCUUCAGGCUCAGACAGUCGGGAGCUGCCGCAUCCAAAGUGGGUCCAACCGUCGAGGAAGAGCACUGGUCGGGACUGGAGGGCGUCGGUUUCAAGCAGUUCAGAGAGAAAAUCCAGUCCUACCCCGACAGAAGAAGGAGGAUGAUGGCUUUGACACAGUCGUGCUUAUCAUUGGCCAAAGAGACGCCUCUGCUCCUGAUUGGCUGGCUGUCACUGUUCGCAUUGGGGGAUCUUCCUGAAUUCUCGGACCUGACAGGGAUACAUGCAGAGCACCUGAUCCAGAGUCUGCUGUACAGACUCCGAAAAUGUGAAGAGACGAGGGAUAACAACAGACUACAGGAGACUGUGAAGAACACUCCAAAAACUUUGAAUCAUAUUCUGCUAAUGGUCGACAAAGAGAAGGACAGAUUGAUUGAAUCUGGAAACGUCGACGCGGCCUUCAUGAGCAGCAUCAGUGUGGCGAAGAGCACGUGCAUGAUUGUGCAACUGGUCCCGUUGUACCGGGCGGCGGUCCUGUCCUACCAGCUCGUCCUGAAACUGGCCGAGGUUUUGGACACUGCACAGAGAAAUAAGUCCGAAGAUGAGACGUUGGCGACCGAAAAGCUGCAGCUCUCGGAGAAGCUAUGUGCCGCGCAGCAGCAAAUCAAUGAGUGGCGAGAGGAGCUGCUGCAAAAAGGCCUAGUGGGGCCGACUAAAGCUCUCAGCUACCCGAAGGAAAUUGAGCUGUGGGACACACUCUUCAAAGUGGAAUGCUCUAUUGAAGAGGUUUCCUCCCGAUGGACUCAGAGCCAGAAAGAGCUGAGGAAAAGGAUUUCCAUGGCAAAUGAUGAUGCUAAAGUUCUGCUGUGCUGCGUUGAGCCAACGGCGUCAGCUGUGAGGAGCAGCCACACUGAUGUACAGACGUGUUUCGAUGAGCUGUGUCAGUCUGCGAUCAAGACAAUCUGCCAGCGAGGCCAUGCCGGAGACCUGAUGCUCAGUCUCAGCCCCAAGGUGAAGGACAUUCCGAUUGUCAUCCUGUCUGCUGUCGUGGUCGAGUCCGCAGCUCGAUUCAGAGACAACCCUGUGCUCCAGCUGCUGGAUUCACAGUCGGCCAUGAGCCACCUGCUUUUAAACGGGGAUUGGAAGCAGAUCCGGGUGGAUGACUCCGCAGGGCAGGUCGUCCACAGCUGUGUGGUUGCAGUUCGAUCUCUGGUGGAGUCUGUGCUUCAAGGACACGUGGCGCUGGGACACCUGCAGACCUGCCUGAAAAAUAAAGAGCAGUUUAAGAAACUCUACCUGCAGUACAAGAAAAAUACCACAGCUGGAAGCGUUCCUGUCGAUGCAGGUGCUGUCUUGGCUCAGAGAGAGAAGGAUUUGAACUCUUUCAUGCAGCGGAAACAGCAGAUGGACACACUGAUAAAGAUGAUAGCAAAGGUUAAAGAAAGCAUCACAGUUCCUGAGAUGUCGACUCUUGAGGAGCAGCACGGCGCAGAUCUUCAGAAUAUCAGCCUGAACAAACUGGUGCUGGUUCAGUCUCUUGAUGCUGAAGGGACUGUGAAGAAGACGGGUCCUCCCCAGGUCCUCUGGUACCACAUCAGUCUGAAUGUGUUGAAAAUGAGCGACGAGAUGCACAAACUGCAUCAGAGCAACCUGAUCCUCUCCUCCUGGGUGAAGGGGGCUGCGUCCUUAGCUUCGGAGAGGCGACCCUCCUCAGCUCCUGUUGUAGUUUCCCUGACACAGGUCUGUGAACACAUCUGGAAUCCGCUGCUGACCGAGUUCCUGCAGCUUGGCGUCAGCAUAGCGCGUGCUAACGUCACGCUCAAGCAGCUUGAUCAGGUUUUGGUGGAGUCUGGCGACCAGGGAGACGGGAGGCUAAUGAAGAAGGAGCUGAGUCUGAUGUCAGAGAUGUUUUGUGAACUCAGACAGUUCCAACCUGCAGAGAACUGGGUGGAGAUGAGGCUCGCUCAGAUCCGGGAGUAUUCCCAGCUCCACGAGGCAGCGGUCGCAGCCAGUGCGAUGCUGAAAAUUGCUGAAAAAAUGAAGCUUUCUGGAAACUUUGCACAAAUUUACACCCUCAGCCAGCUGAAAGAAGACGCCUUUAAGCACAGGCCUCUGGCAUCUCUUACUGACGACCUGUUUCGUGCCAAACAGCAGCUCGCCACAGUCACCAAGCAGAACAUCUGGUCUGGAGGAGUUUCUGCGAGCCAGACGCUGGUCACCUGGGUCCAAACAAACCUCAAAAAUAUGAGCGAUGUGAAGGUUUACGUGGAGUUGGCCUCCAUAUCUGCUGGAGAGAACGACACCGAGAUCGACCAGGUGGCCUGUUUCCACGAUGCAGUGAUGGGCUACGCACCUCUGCUCUUCUACCUCUCUCCUCAGGCCGGUUUUGACGAGUUCAUGAAGCGUGCUCAGCUGGUGUGGGACACCCAGAGUAGAGAUGAGAAGCUACCGGACAAAUUGAGAGAAUCUACUCGAUUGCUGAGCUGGUUACAAGACUUGAAGGAGACCCACGGCUCUGUGGAGCAGUCCUCUCUCUCCCUGGCUUCUUCUGUUAAUGCACAUGGGGUCUAUCACAUCGGCUGGUCUGAUGGAAACACAGAGAGGAGAUGUCUUCAAAACAUGGUGCAGGUCAAAGUGACCAGCGACAGAGAGGAGAAGAGCUACAAGCUGGAGGAGCUGCUGGAGCUGCAGAACAAACUGAUGCUCAUGUCGUCUAAAGGAGAGCACGGCAGAGAACAGGUCAACCGGUUCACAGAGGUUUUUGAAGGCGUUCAGAGACUCGGCACCAUCCUUCUCCAGAUGCAAACAUCUGGCAACAUGCUCUUCAGAGAAUGGCGUGCUGAGGUCCAGUGCUGUCCACAACAGCAGCCGUGCAUCACUGUCACCUUCUUGUCCCUGAGCAGUAAAGAGAUAGUGUACUCUGGGGAGCUGACGGAGCAGCUACAGACACUGGCUCACUCUAUGGACAGCUGUCAAAAAGAAUGGCGUUCCUUCAUCUGCGACAGGCGCUCAAAGUUCAGCUUGCUGAACCACUACACGUCAGAGCAGAUGGUGUACCUGUGCUACUGGAUACACAAAGUGUGUCAGCAGCGGGCGGCAGUUCCUCAACAACUGUGGAAUUUACUUUUCCCCAUAAAGCCCCAGUGCACUCUAACUGAUGUGAGAAGCGCUCACAGAAAGGCAGUAGGUUUGAUGUCAGAAUAUGAUGAAUCAGAAGAAUCUGGGUCUGAUGAUGAAGAUCAAUACCAAGAACUUUCAGACUUAACACCAGAUUCACCAGGACACACUGAAGAGGACGAAGAAGAGACUCGUAAUUUGAUGGAGUUUUCCUCGGAGGAUGAAGAUGACUGUGUGAUGAAAUGUGAUGAUGACCACGACAAGGACAGUCUGGAAAACCUCUGGAGACUAUUCAAGAAAGACAACUCUCAGUAUCUCAGUGAGUACUUGGACAUCUCCACUCUGGCCCACUUCCUCUCAUGCCUCUCUGAGAUGAACCAGCAACACGUGAUCAGGAACCUACCACCGAUUCUCCAGGAGGGAAAGCCCAAUCUCUUGCUUUGUCCUAGCGCAGAAGUUCUUACCACUGUCCUGUCGUUCUACAUGGAGAGUCCAGAGCAGCCUCUGCCGUCUGCUGACGAGGUUCUGGUCUGCAGAGAGGAGACCACAGAGGAGGAGGUGGAGAUCUUCCUCCGCCGGGUGCUCGGCCAAGGCUCCAAACAAGGCUGUCAGAAGAUAUAUUGUCUUGCCAAUCCAGGGCUGCUGGGAUAUGAUGUGAGUGUGGCGUUGGGGGAGCUCUUUGACGCCCUGGAGAGAAGUGCCAGCCCACGUUAUCGUUUGGUAAUCGUCAGUCCUGUUGUGCACCAACACAGAUACGUGCCGUCUUUCUUCAGUAAUGACAAAGUACAGGCUGCUGUGAGUCCAACGUCACAUAAUACCAGGAAAUAUCUGCAUCACCACUUCACACAAAACGCACUCCCACAAAACCCUGUCGCACAGGUUUCUCCAGAUCAGCUGUCGGUCUGGAUGGUGUCAUCUCUGCGCCCUGCAGUUGGUAAAUCCCUGUAUGUGACCCCGCUUGCUGAGAAGUUCCAGCAGAAAUCUUCUCAAACCAAACACAUCAGGAUCCGACUGAUUGAGCCGUGUGUCGAUAUCGACCUGUUGAUUAAGAGUCUAUCAGAGAAACUGGCCUCGCUGAGAGAGCAGGACCCCGUCCUUCUGCACAUCGACACCGCUGGAGUUCGCUCAGGCCUGGAGGAGCUGCUUUUCCAUCUGCUGGUUCUGGGCUGUUUGAGUGGAACUCAUGGGAUGCUGUGGAGAAGGAAUGUAACUCACCUGAUCAUGGUUGAGGUCCUGAAGACGUCAACGCAAAGCCAGACUAAAGAGAUGAGCCUUGGACUUCUGGACGUUCUGCCAACCAUCCAUUGUCGGCCUCCAAGAGAGGUGAAGCAGCUGCUGGCAAAACAAAGUGUUUUAACAAAGCAAACACUUGAUCCACUCAUGGAUGAGCAGGAGUUUCUCAGUGAGGGGAUUCAAAGACCUUAUCAAUACUUAAAACUUUACAACAACCAUCAGAACAUGGAUCGUGUUACCUACCAGGAAGGAUCCAGACUGGGGAAUCCGCUUGAUUGUCUCAAACACUUCCUGCUCCACUGUGGAAUGAAAGAUCCUUCUUGGGCUGAGCUGAAGAGCUUCUCCUGGUUCCUCAACGUGCAGCUAAAAGACUGUGAGAAAUCCAUUUUCUGUGAUCCAGACUUCCUUGCUGACCAGCUGCCUGGUUUCAAGGGCUUCAUUGUGAAGUUCAUGAUUCUAAUGGCCAGAGAUUUUGCCUCACCUUCUCUGAACACAUCUGAUCAAAGCCCUAGGCUGCACGUUGAAAGCAGCUCCGGCGACGACCUUCUUGUCCGUCUGACAAGAAGGUGGGAAAAUGAGUCUCAUCCAUACAUUUUCUUUAAUGCAGACAGAUUCUCGAUGUCUUUCCUGGGCUUUAAUGUGAAGAAGUGGCAAAACACACUCUGUGCAGUUGAUCCUCACAGCAACAAGGUCCUGAUACAAGAUGUGAUGUCACAAAAACUUUUUGAGGGUUUAGAGCGGCAACAGAUCUCUCUCACUGAGGACUUUGAUCGGUUGCCCCGACAAAACAAAAUCCAGAGGAUCUCAUGUGUUGUUGGUGCAAAGAAAGGAAUGACAGACCCCAGAUUUGAUCCAGAUCCAACAUACGAGCUCACUGCUGACAAUGUGAUGAAGAUGUUGGCCAUAAACAUGAGAUUCCGAUGUGGAAUUCCAGUUGUCAUCAUGGGAGAGACUGGCUGUGGAAAAACCAGAUUAGUUCGAUUCCUCUGUGCUCUGCAGAGAGAGGGAAGGCCGAUGGAGAACAUGGUACUUGUCAAGGUACACGGUGGCACCACAGCAGAGAUGAUCUACAGAAAGGUGAGGGAGGCAGAGAAACUUGCUGAGCAGAACCACAAAAUUCACCACCUGGACACCAUUUUGUUCUUCGAUGAAGCGAACACCACAGAGGCCAUUUUUGCCAUCAAGGAAAUCCUGUGUGACCAAUCGGUGAAAGGGAACCCUCUGAGAGCAGGCAGUGGCUUAAAGAUAAUAGCUGCUUGCAAUCCCUACAGGAAGCACUCGCCUGAAAUGGUGGAGCGCUUGGAACGGGCAGGGUUAGGGUACAGGGUGAAGGCGGAUGAAACAGAAGACCGCCUUGGCAAAGUCCCCCUGAGGCAGCUGGUGUACAGGGUUCAUCCUCUGCCACCAAGCAUGGCUUCUUUGGUGUGGGACUUUGGUCAGCUGAGUGACUCAACUGAACUUUCCUACAUCAGACAGAUUGUCCAGAAGAAAGUUGCUGACCAUUCUUUGCCAGCGACCUGCAAUAAAGUAAUUUCAAAGGUGCUGGCCGUCUCCCAGAAAUACAUGAGAAGCAGGAAAAACGAGUGCAGUUUUGUGAGCCUCAGGGAUGUGGAGAGGUCAAUGAAAGUGCUAGUUUGGUUUUACCAGCAUAGUGAGCUCCUGUCCAACAACCGCUCUCAUCUCAGUGAAAUUGAGAAAACCCUGAAGUGCCUGAUUCUUGCAGUUGGUGUUUGCUAUUACCCGUCUCUGGUGGCCAAAGAGAAUUACCUUGAUGUCAUAUGUCGGUACUUUCCAGAACCUCUCUGCUCCUCAACAAUGUUGCAGGAGGAGAUUUCAUCCUGUCAAAACUUCUUCCUGCAGAACAUAAAGACAAGGGAGACCAUCGCCAAAAACAUUGCACUCAAAGAGAAUGUGUUUCUCAUGGUGGUUUGCAUUGAACUCAGGAUCCCACUCUUUCUGGUUGGUAAGCCAGGCAGCUCUAAGUCGCUCGCAAAGACAGUGGUUGCUGAUGCCAUGCAGGGCCAGAACUCCCACAGUGACCUAUUCAAGAAGCUCAAGCAAGUUCACAUGGUCUCCUUCCAAUGCAGUCCUCACUCGAGUCCAGAGGGCAUCAUCGGGACAUUCAGGAACUGUGCCCGCUUUCAGAAGGACAAAAACAUGGAGGAGUAUGUAUCAGUGGUGGUGCUGGAUGAGAUUGGACUUGCAGAAGAUUCCCCUCAGAUGCCCCUGAAGACCCUUCAUCCUCUUUUGGAGGAUGGAUGCAUUGACAAUGACAAACCAGAUCCACACAUGAAGGUUGGCUUUGUUGGCAUCUCCAACUGGGCUCUCGACCCAGCAAAGAUGAACAGAGGAAUAUUUGUGUCCAGAUGGGAUCCAAGUGAGGAUGAACUUGUGGAAACUGCCAAAGGAAUCUGUUCAUCCUCCACUCCAAUUCUUCUGAAAAUCACACACCUCUUCCAACCUCUGGCGAAGGCAUUCCUGAGCAUCUGCAAAGAGACCUCAAAGAAUCAGUUCUUUGGUCUCAGGGACUAUUACAGCCUCGUCAAGAUGCUCUUUGCCACAGUCAAAUCCACACAACAGGAGCCGGAUGGUGGACAGUUGGUGGAGGCCAUCUUGUGUAACUUCAGUGGGCAGCCAGAGGGUUUUGACCCUGUGGUAUUUUUCCAAGAGGUUCUCCAAAACCCCACAGAAAUCCCCAGACCAAGCACCUUGCAAAUGGUGAGAAAGAAUCUUGAUCAUGACACCGACCUGGAGAGCCGUUACCUUCUUCUGCUGACCACCAACAACGCAGCUCUCCACAUCCUCCAGCAACAAGUAUUUGCCAAAGGAAACUCUACACAGCCUGAAAUCAUCUUUGGCUCAGGAUUUCCAAAGGACCAGGAAUAUGCCCAAAUCUGCCGUAAUGUGAACCAAGUGAAAAUAUGCAUGGAGACUGGUCGCACUGUCAUCCUGCUCAACAUGCAAAAUCUCUAUGAAAGUCUGUACGAUGCUCUGAAUCAGUACUAUGUUUACCUCAGUAAACAGCGAUACGUCGAUCUAGGUCUUGGUUCCCACAGAGUUAAAUGUCGUGUCCACACAAACUUCAGACUGGUGGUUGUGGAGGACCAGAAGAAGGUCUACGAGUUCUUUCCUGUGCCGCUCAUCAACAGACUGGAAAAACACAGGCUGGAUCGGAGUACUGAUCUGGAACCAUGGCAACACAGGGCUCUUCACAAACUGAAGGAAUGGGUGAAGGCAUUCUCAGGUGAGGCCACAGAGGAUUUCAUGCUGUCUGACAUUUUUGUUGGCUUCCACGGCGACGCCUGUGCCAGCGCUCUCUUGCAGGCACUUGAACGGAGAGCACACAAAGUAGGAGACAGUCCAGGAAGACGGGAUGAAAACAGAGACUCAUUGGAAGAAGACGAGCUAAAGGAAACCAUUGAGUCAAGUCCUAAUGGACUGAUAGAGGCAGCCGAUGAUGCAACUGAGGCAAUGGACACUGAAGCUACUGGGAAAGAGCAAGAAGCUGAGUUCGUGGAACAGAAUGAUGAUGAAUCCACUGAGAUGUGCCAAGAUGAGACCAAAGAGAUGUCUAAGGAGGAAGAAAUGAUGGAGUCAGAAAACAGUGUUGGGUCUGCUGCUGAUGAUGAAGAGGAACUCUUCGAUUUAGCCAAAUCCCUCUUGUUGAACUGCGCCACCCCUGAUGCUGUGGUGAGGCUCAAGUAUUCUGAUUUAGCAAAGCACGAGAGGGAGAAACUCCAGAGGAUGUACUUCCAGCAACAACAUCACCACUCACUCCGAGACUUCCUGAAAGGUUGCCUGAGCCGGACCCAGCGAUCCACCAGGUUUCUAGAGGUAACUACGUUCUCCAGCUUAUUAACCAGAUCAGAUGUCAAGGUGGUAGCCAGGUCCCUCGGACUGCAAAUGGAGAAGAUCCUCCUGCUCUCGCUCCACCAGUUUGACACCGAAGUCUCCUUCUGCAACACGAUACGGGGCUUCCUGCAAGAUGCCGGCCACUCUCCUUACCUCCUGUUGAUUCAGAUGGACCUGGAGGAAUCCCACUGCAGUGACGAGCUCAUAGCAUCAGCAAAAUACUGCUCCAUGAAUUACUUGAUGUCACUGGAAGAUCAGACUGGUUUGGUGAUUUUUAUUGUAAAGGUUUCGAGGAUCACAAGUCAGUCUCAGUACAUCGGUUUCCAAGGAGGAGUGUGGCAGUCGGUGCAUAUUGACGACCUGAGGGAUUCACAGGACAUGAGCCUGAACCUGAUGGUUUUCUGUGGAACUCUCAUCAGCAACCUGCUCAAACCUGCACUGUCAGACCAUGAAGAGGAAGAAACUGGGAGGAAUACAGAAGACUCCCAGGCGGACAGAGCCCAGCUCCACAGUCUGGCCUUAGUGAAAUCAUGUAUUCAGAAAGCUGUGGGUUUGCUGAGGGACCCUGAUGGUGUGGAAUCACGAAGUAUGAAGCGGGUGCACCUCCUUCUGUCUCUACUGGGAAGUGCUCAAGGGCACAUAGGAGCUCACUUUCAGAGGGUGCUGUUGAGGCGACUGGCUGAGGCCUUGGCCAGAAGAGAGGAACGGAUGCCUGCUCCUAAGGAGUGGGUGAGCAUAGAAGCCAAGAAACGACAGGCUCUGCAGGAGGGAGGAACUCUGAGACACACGCUGUGGCGCUGUCUUCAGUCCACUGUGAUUCCCAUCCUGGCCAGUAUGUUAGAGGCGAUGGACAGAUAUUCAAAUCUGGACCUGCUCUCUGACCCAACACUCGACCCCGGCCUGACCACACUGUGGUUGGACAUCCUGGACGAUUCCCAGAUCUUAGACCUAACACCUCCUCAAAAAACAAGUGAGUCCGACCAGGAGGUGCUGGUGCAGCACUACUUCAUGGUGGAUGGUGAAGAACAGCCCUGCUCUGCUCCGUUCAGCUGGCUCAUCACCAUGCAUCUGGAGAGUCUGUGGGGAGAAUCUGAAUUCCUUCCAGUAACCAAAGAGGGCGGCACAGAGAGGGUUCUCCAGUUUGUGAGCUCGUUCAACAACAGCAGGCUCGGCGCUCACUUACAGAAGCUCUCAGACGAGGAGCGGCUGGAGUUUCACCGUCGCUACCUGCAGGACAUCCUGCUGCUGUCUUUGAAGAUCAAGACCAAGAAGGAGCGGAGGGUGUUGACCAGAGCCAUGUUGGGUUGCGUGUCCAAGCUUCAGACGUCCACGGGCUCCAUCCCUGACCUCUCUCCUGCCUGGAUAAUGGCGGCUGCCAAACAUUUUGGCUCCAGACUGGACACACUCUGCCACAUAUUCCUGCUGCAGCCACACCUAGCUGCCGAUGUCUCUCAGCAGGGGUCAAAGAAGGAGCCCCAAGAAAUGGUGGAGGACAUUUUGGCUCUUGGCGUCUGUGUUGAGCAGAUGAAACUUCUGACUGUGACUUCGCUGCAAGAGUGCGAGUCCUUUGUGAGCAGAGUGGAGUUCCUGCAGCCUUGUCUCGACCGAGCGUUUGGUCGGACGUACAGCUCCCUCUGCAGCCCUGGCUGUCUGCAACAUCUGGACUCCAUCAGGUUGCUGUGGCAUGGGAUGCUGGUUGUUGCAUCUUUCAUCCAACACGUCGUUUUUGAAGUAGAGCAGGAAGACUUUCGACUGAAAGCACUGGCUCUCAAACACUGCAACCUUCACCUGAACCUGAUGCAGGAGUCACCUGACAUGAGGAGCGUGGACACGUUGCAGAAGCUGAUCCGGAUCCUCAACUCCUUCCGCAACGAGUGCAUCAGCAGAGAUCUGAGGUUUGGCAUUUCCUGCCCAGUUUGCUUGCUGGAGCUCAGCGAGCCGUCAGCUCUGCCCUGCCUGCACGUCAUCUGCCUGCCGUGUCUCCAGCGCUGGAUUAAGCCGGACAGACGUUCGUGCCCUAAAUGCAGAGCAGACGUUCCCCCCGACUUCAAGCCGACUGUUUCUGACACCAUCAAAGCCGCUCUCCAGCAGCACUCAGCAGCGAUCAGGAACUGCUGUAACUCCUUCUUCCUGGAGGUGGUGUCCAGGUUCUGUCUGUCAGAGGGGCAGCAGCCUGGAGACGGGGUGGUGGAGCUCCUCUUCUCCUUAGUGGUUUCUGCUAAUGGAGACGUGUACAGGACCAGAGAGCUCAGUCCCUUCCUGGAGCGUGUGGACAACUCUCCGGUGGUUCGAUCCGUUCUCCCCAAGCUGCUGCUGCAGUACAGCUUUGAUCAGGUAAAGACUCACAUCGAACUCUACCUGAAGAAUCUGGAGGAGAAACUUCUAGACAGAGAAGACCGCACAGAACUCUACCUGCUGUUUGUCAACUGUUUCCAGGACUCUCUGUUGUGCUCGGAGGCGAGAGAAGUCGACGAGAGCGGAGAACGACAGAUGCGAGCAGAAAUCCGAUUCCUGAGCCGGUUGGCCAGGAAACAGGCUGCAGCCAGAGAAGCAGAGCCGGCAGAGUUCCUGCUGGACAUGGCCAGACUGAGAAUAUGUCUGAGCUCGGCUGCACAGCUCCUGGAGAAGAUCCCAGUUCAGGGUGCAGUUGAAAAGGUGGAGGAUCAGUACCUGCAGCAGGUGAGAGCGGUGUGUGAGUACUGUGCCAAUGACUGGUUCAGGGUUUACCUGCUGCGAGCGCUGCACCGACGCUCUGGGAUCGACUGCAUCCUGUCCCUGAUGAACAGACCCACCUGGGGAUGGUUGUUCCCCGCAGAGCUCCCUCGGCAGCAGGUGGUGAUCACCAUGGACCUGUUCCUGUGCUGUGGGACGUCUUACCGAGAAGCGAGAGACGCCGUGACUCAGGUUCUGCUGCAAAACAAAGCCGACAUCUUCCUGAAACGACUAAAGAAGCUGAGAGGUUCUCAGAUCAGACUCGUGGCUCUCGCCUUGUUCAGAAACGUCACCUCCCGCUACAGAUCAUCUGACGUCAGCUCACAGCCCUCAGCACAGGAGAAGGAGAGACUAGCGCCGCUCCUCAUAAACAUCCAGUCGAUGGAGUUCAGGUUGUUCUGCUCGUCACUGCUGCAGAAUCAGAUCGGUGGACCGGGCUCACGUCUCUGCAUCAGCGACAAUCUCUCUCCUCAGACACGGACCGUCCUGGAGCUGCUGGUGCAUCUGUCCUCUGUGCUGCUCAGUGGAAAUAAGUUACUGGCUCCUCUCUACCAGAUCGCCUUCCAGCCGCAGAACGCGACAAACUAUUUUCUGCCGACGAUGCCUGACGAUCGCUCGUCUGAAGCCCGACAGUGGCUGGCAGGAGAGAAGCUGCUGUCGUACACCUGUGACAACGGACACGUUUGCUUCGUGGGAGAGUGUGGUCGACCGGUGGUUUUAUCCAAAUGCCCCGACUGUGGACUUCCCAUCGGUGGAGAAAAACAUGUCCCAGUCCACGGCUUCACUCAACAGGCAAAUGGGAGAGAUCAGACUCGGACGGGACACGUGUUAGGAGAAGCUGCUCGCAGGUCUGAAGCCCCUGAGAGACAGAUGACGUCCGCUCAGUCCUGCAUCCUGCGGCUGCUCACGCACCUCGCCAUGCUUCAAGGAGCCACAAGAAACCAGAGAGGAGUCGAGGACAUGAUCCAGCCCAGGCCGACGGAUGUUUUCAGCUUCCUGUGGCAGCACCUUCUGAAGGACAUGAGCGUGCUGGGUCGCAGUCUGGAUCUGAACUUGGACGACACAGCGGUGACAGUUCAUCUGGUUCUCAGCGUCUGCACAGAGGUCCUUUCAGGUUCCCGCGGUCCGACGCCUGGUCUGUCCUCCAAACAAGAACGGCAGCGGUGGGAGAAGCUCGUCCGUGACGCUGCCAUCAACCCAGUGCUUCAAGAUUUGCAGAAGAGUCUGUCUGAAGCUCAGGACAGAAUCGGUGAUGACGAUGGACUUGCUGGAAGCUCCCUGAUGAAGCUGGUCUUCGGGGAUCCUGGCAACAUGUUGUCGCUCCCCUCCGACUGCCCGACACAUCGCUCGUCCUUCUGGACUCUUCCUGAGAUCAUGACAGUGGAGAGAUUCUCUCAGUUGGUGGGGGGGGCGAAGGAACGCAGCUCUUUACCUCUGCUGCUCGAGUUCCUCAACAAGAUAAACUGUGUGAGACAGUUGCACCACCUCCCUGAGCUGGUUGUGUUACAGUCAGACCUGCUGCGGGUGUUUCCUCUGACGUCUGCAGCUCAGACUAUUGAUCAGAUGUUCCAGCAGAUGCCAGCAGGAUACCAGAAGAGGAAGCUGCAGGAGAGAGUGACGACGUUCAUCAAAGUGUGGAACUGCCUCCGGGCGGAGGUGGCAAACAGCUCAGCAGACUUGGGUGUGGACGUGAAGUUGUGUGAGAUAGAGGUGACAACCAAGAGCUCCGUGGAGUUUCUGACGCCGUCCCGACACGGACCGGGGUCGUGUCUCCGGACGCUUGUGGACUUCCUGUCGGAGACUCACAACAGCCUGGUGAGAGAGGCCAGGAGAGCGAGCCGCCAAGAGGACAGUGAGUACAUUGUUAUGUUGGAGAGGAUUUCCGAGACCCAGCUGACUCUGUGCAACCCGAGAGAGCUGCUGCCUCUGGUCUUAGCUCACUGUCACUACACCUUGAAGAAAGCGGAGACGGACAGAAGCUACGAUCUGAUGGGGAUCCAAACGCAGCUCGCCCGCCGCUUCCUGGCUGGAAAACCUCUUAUCAAAGCGGACACGUCGAGGUACCUGAACAGACACCUCCAGGAUUUCUCUGUGGUUCUAUCCGAGGUCAGAGGAAAGGUUUGUCAGGAACCGCUGAAGGGUUCUGUGUGCAGCACCAUGAGGACGGUGCUGCGCCGCACACAGAUGUUUGUGACGCCGUGCGUGGUGGAGAUCGGCCUUCGCUUCCUUGGCAAGAUGGUCGUUGAUCCUCAGUGUCAACUUUCAUCCUACCUCACUGAUUCUUUGCAGAUGCGCCGACAGAUUUCCAGCACUGUAGCCAAGGGUCUUGGAGAAUGCAAACUGGAACACAGCAUAUUCACCUGGCAGCUCCUGACUUGUUGGAAAUCCGAGCUCAUGCUGAACAGAAAACAAGACCCGUUUCAGAAACUGCCCCCAAGCUUCCAGCAGAAGCUGUCCGAGGACCAGAAGAAAGGGCUGAAGGUUUUCCUCGCUGUCACAGACGUUGACACGUUUUCUUUGGAGCUUCAUGAGAUUCUGCUGCUGAAGACGAGCGAUGCCGUAACUGACCAGGGUUACCAGCCAAACUGGGACAUCAGGUCCACCAUGGAGAGCCAUUUGGAGGAGAAGCACCUUCCACCUCUGCUGGAGCUCGAGUCUCUACCGAAGGAGAUCACUCUGGCACAGGGGGCUGACGUGUGGAGGGCGGCUGUGGAGUUUAAAAGAAGAUAGAUGCUGAUUUUUACAGAGAUCUGAGUUAUUUCUGAUUGUUUGUUGUAACUGUGAGAUAAGAGAAUAUCUAAAUUCAAAUAAGAUCAUAAAUUCAUACAUUGGAAGAACGACCAAAACAGGCAUUCAAGGCAACACUGACCACAGAGAUAAAAUCACAAAUAUAAUAAUAAUAAUAAACAUGCAGAGAGACACAAUAGUCUUAUAUUAAGUUGUAGAGCCACAUAAGUCAGGGGCCGUUAACCAGUCUGUGUUUUUAUAAUGCAUUAAUCAUUCUAUAUAUGGGGACACAUUCUGAAUAAUUGCUAUUUUUCUGAUGUAGAUAUUCAAAGUGUUGGAGAUGUGAGGCCUUGUUUCUUUUUGUUAAAGUGUUCUUCGUGUUUUAUCAGGUUCAUUGUGUGACUGAGGUUUGAGGGAACAUUUAAUAAAUCAUCUAUAAACGA